AUGAGUCACGCUGGUGUCCGCCUCUUGGACGGUCGUUCCGCCAUGACAUCCGAGAAGUUCAACCUGGCGAAACAGGGCAUUCUGCUCGCCGACUUCGAGACCGAUGUUGCUGCAGAGACCUUCUUCUCGAACCCUGCCGAGGUCCGCGAGACCUACUACAGGCAGGUGUGCGACAUUAUUCAGAUGGUUACGGGAGCUGACCGGGUCCUGGCGUUCCACCACCACGUCCGGCACCAGCGGGCAGAGAACCAGCUGGGUGCAAACGGUGCAGAGGACGCGCUUGCUGGCUACGACUACAGAGUACACAGCGAUUACACGGCCGAAAGUGCCUCAGAGGUCUUCGAAUGGCAGCUCAAGGGUCUGUCAGCAGAGGAGGCGGCUACUUACCGGCAAGGUCGGUUUCUUCUCAUCAAUGCUUGGCGCAACCUGAGCAAGCACCCAGUGCAGAACGAUCAUCUCGCCGUCUGUGAUGCUUCCAGCGUCCUGGAAAGUCAUCUCCUAGUGAACAACAGUGGCACAUCCUCGAGGGGGAAGCGAGAACUGACAUCAGAAAACUUUGCGGAGCUGGUCGCUGGACCAACGGCACGGUAUGAGGUGAGUCACCACCACCGUUGGUUUUACUUCCCGGAGUUGCGCGACACCGAGCUCCUGAUCUUCAAAUGCUUCGAUUCUGACCCAAAGGCGGCAGCACGUUACGUCCUUCAUUCCGCAGUGCGGCUUCCAGGCGAUGCCAGACGAGCGCGAGAAUCGGUCGAAGCAGAGCGGUCUGCAAUGGCACCGACGGAUUUCCUGGCAGUGAGCAACAGCAGUGGUUUUAGCGUUGAUCAUAUUGCCGUCGAAAGCCUGGCAAGCGAUGUGGCAGCCGCAAAUGCUUGGUCUUUCGACUGGCACCUGACCAAGAACCCAUGGGAAGGGCUCACAUCGUCUUUCUUCAUGAUUAUGGCGACCGAGCUAGGAGACGAAACCUUCAUCAUCGCGGCCGUCAUGUCCAUGAGACACCCCAAAUUCACGGUCCUUUGUGGAGCGCUUGGAGCACUCUACUUGAUGACCGUCCUGUCCGCGUUCUUGGGUGUCGUGCUACCAAAUCUUAUCUCCCAGGAGAGGGUGACUCAAUGCGCAACCGUCUUGUACACCUUCUUCGGCCUCCGCUUGAUGUGGGUCGGCAUGCGCGGUGAAGAUGACAAGGAUGAAGAGUUCGAGGAGGUCGAGAACACCUUGAAGGAUUCGGCCUCGAAAGGGCAGAAGUCCUGGCUUCGCCGCAUGUUUUCCCAGUUUUGCACGCCCGUCUUCCUGGAGGCGCUGAUGCUGACCUUCCUUGCGGAAUGGGGGGACAGAUCCCAAAUUGCAACGAUCUCUCUCGCGGCGCACCAGAAUCCGAUAGCCGUCAUCGUGGGCGCCAUGGUGGGGCACACGAUUUGCACUGGUCUGGCAGUGUUUGGAGGUGAAUUCCUGGGCAAGCGCAUUCCACAGCGAUAUGUGGCUUUCGGCGGAGGGUGCCUCUUCAUUGUCUUCGCCCUGCUGAAUCUGAUGGGGGUGCUGCAGUAA